AUGUCUGCAAUUCCUUUUAUGAGUAACGCCUAUCACACCCAGCAACUCAGAUCCUGCGUAGAACAAGAAAAGAAGGGAUCGAAGCCUUUGGGUGUAGCCGCAACAACCAUGGCUGCUUUCACAGAGUCUCUACGACUUGUUGAUGAUCAAAUCAGCAGAUUGCAACCUCAGAAAUUAUUCAUCAACGUUGACACGGACAAUAUCCUGGAAAAUGUUAACCAUUUCAUCAGCCGGCACUAA